AUGGGUAACCAGACUUUCUUCGGUCCCGGUUCAGACUUCACGAUCGAUACGACCAAAUCGUUCACGGUAGUGACUCGUUUCAUCACGGACGAUGGCACCGAAACGGGAGCUUUGAGCGAGAUCACUCGGUUCUACGUGCAAGAUGGUGUCAGCUACGAAAUGCCGUACGCAACGUGGUCGGGCAUCGAGGACAUGAAUUCAUUGACGGAGUCGCAGUGUUCUGCUGCCAAGACGGAGUUUGGUGAUGAAGAUGAUCACAAGGCUAAGGGAGGACUCGAGCAACUUAGUCUUGCCAUGAAGCGUGGCAUGGUUCUGACGAUGAGUCUGUGGACGGAUAGCGCUGCUUAUUGUUUGUGGCUGGACUCGGACUACCCCGUGACCGCCGAUGUGUCGGACCCCGGUGUUGCUCGUGGAACGUGUGCUACGACCACGGGUGUUCCCGACGAUGUGAUCUCGGAGCAACCGGAUGCCACGGUUGUCUUCAGCAACAUCCGCUUCGGUGACAUUGGCACGACCGUCGACGGUAUCAGCACCAGUUCAAGCAGCACCACGUCGGCGACUGCCACGUCUUCGUCGGUAACUAGUACGUCCACAACGACGACUUCCCCGUCGACCGCGACCACCUCGUCGGAUGCUUCAACGACUACCAGUGCCUCGACCACGAGCACCAUUACUUCUCCGUCGACUUCAACGUCUUCCGAAGCCAACGAAGCUGAUGAUGAAACUACAUCUGCAUCAGAGGUCGAUGCUGAGGCCGAUUCUGCCGCUGAAGACGAUACCGAUUCUACGACGUCCACUACCACAGCUCCGGCCACGACGACAUCGACUCCCAGCACCUCCACCAGCUCGUGCAAUCGCCGCCACUAG